GCAGAUCACAGCGCCAUCUGUUUUAGUAGGCUACCUUCGUCAGUCUGCUCGCAUUCUGCAACGUAUUUGACUGGUUAUUUUAGCGAAUUGUCUUCGCGUAAAAAUGAAUGUGAUCGCGAGAUCUGCAAAUAUUUCACCGUAUUUGAAAUCGACGGUGACAGUUGUUUCAAAUGGAGCAAGAGCGGUAGCACCGACUGGUAAAGUUCAAAGACCAGCAAUUGUCGUCCUAAGUCCCGUCACGCCUAUGGUCAAUGAUACUUUACAACAGAACAUUAUUUCUGGAGUUGUUAGAGUGAGCUCAAGUAUUUCAGCUCCCACGCGAAUACAUCAGACUCGUGGAGCUCACUCUGACAUUCGAGUUCCAGAUUUUACUGCGUAUCGCAGAGAUGAUGUUAAAGAUCCAAAUGUAGAUAGUCGUGAAAGUGCUGCCUCGAGAAAAUCAUUUUCUUAUCUCUUAACAGCAGGUACUAGUUUGGCUGCUGUUUAUUCCACUAAAACAAUAGUCUAUGAUAUUGUGAUGACGAUGAGUGCAGGUGCUGAUGUAUUGGCAUUGGCAAAGAUCGAAGUAAAUCUUGAUGAUAUACCGGAAGGAAAGAAUGUAGCAUUUAAAUGGCGUGGCAAGCCUAUAUUUAUCAGGCACAGAACGCAAGCUGAAAUCUCUAAAGAAGCUAAAGUUGAUGUAGCCUCUCUUCGUCAUCCGCAACAUGAUACUGAUAGGACACAGAAACCAGAAUGGCUAAUUGUUAUCGGUGUGUGCACGCAUUUGGGUUGUAUACCUAUUCCCAAUGCCGGAGAUUUUGGUGGUUAUUAUUGUCCAUGCCAUGGUUCUCAUUAUGAUGCCAGUGGUAGAAUCAGAAAGGGUCCUGCUCCUUUAAAUCUUGAGGUUCCACAAUACACUUUCAAAGAAAACAUAGUAACUAUCGGUUAAUGAUGGUUCGGUCUGUGUAGUAAUAAAUCGAAAAUAUUUAAUAGAAUAUUCAGCAAAUUGAAUUCUUUUCCUAAGAAUAGGAUAUAAUGAAUUAAUAAUGAUUUAUUAAAUACGUAUAGUGACAUUUCAUAUAUUAUGAAAUGCCCAAGUGUAUUAACAGAAACACUUUACGUGUAUAAUAUUAAAGUUGUACAAACUCUAUAAUAAAAAAGAAAAGAAGACAUGUAGAGGUUAAUCGUUCA